CACAGUCCUUCCGAACCUGGGUCGCUUGUCCUUAAAGGCCCCACGUUGCUCUGCACGGACUCUGUCGCGCUGUGACCUGUACCGAGUCGUAGGGAAGACGCCAGGGGACCCAGGAGCCCUAGAAAUGGACUCAGUGGACAUUGAAGAUGUGGCUGUGAACUUCACCCCAGAGGAGUGGACUUUACUGGAUCCUUCACAGAAGAAACUCUACAUAGAUGUUAUGUGGGAAACUUUCUGGAAUGUGAUCUCAAUAGGAAAAACAUGGGAAGAUCAUGAUGCUGAAGAUCAGUACAAAGACCAGGGGAGAGAACUAAGAACUCAUAUGGUAGGGGGUCUCUAUGAAAGUGAAGACAGUAGUCAAUAUGGAGAAAACUUCAGCCUUAUUCCAAACCUAAACCUGAAUGAGAAGACUACUGGAGAUGAACUAUGCAAAUGCAGUGCAUGUGGACAACUCUUCAUGUAUCAUUCAUUCCUUUAUGGUCACGUUAUAUGUCCCAUUGAACACAAACCAUAUGCCUAUCAAAAAUAUGGAGAGAAGCCAUAUAAAUGUAAGGAAUGUGGGAAAGGCUUCACUUUUCCCAGUCUUCUUCGAAUACAUGAAAGAACUCAUACUGGAGAGAAACCCUAUGAAUGUAAAGAAUGCAGUAAAGCCUUCACUUUUUACAGUUCUCUUCGAGUACAUGAAAGAACUCAUACUGGAGAGAAACCUUAUGAAUGUAAAAGAUGUAGUAAAGCAUUCAAUUCUUCCAGUUUUCUUCGAAUACAUGAAAGAAAUCACACUGGAGAGAAGCCCUAUGAAUGUAAAGAAUGCGGUAAAGCAUUCACUUCUUCCAGUUCUCUUCGAAAACAUGAAAGAAUUCAUACUGGAGAGAGACCCUAUGAAUGUAUGGAGUGUGGGAAAGCCUUUGUAGCUCCUUAUAAGCUUCGCUCACACAUGAUCUUUCACACCGGAGAUGGACCUUAUAAAUGUAAGGAAUGUGAGCAAGCAUUCAUUUCUCUCGGUUCACUUCAAAGACAUGAGAGAACUCACACUGGAGAGAGACCAUAUGAAUGUAAAGAAUGCAGGAAGGCAUUCAGUCGUACCAGCAUUCUUCGAAUACAUGAAAGAACUCAUACUGGAGAGAAACCCUAUGGAUGUAAAAUAUGCACUAAAGCAUUUACUUCUUCCAGUUCUCUUCAACUACAUGAAAGAAUUCAUACUGGAGAGAAACCCUAUGAAUGUAAGGAAUGUGGGAAAGCCUUUGUAGCUUCCUAUACACUUCGAUCACACAUGAUCUUUCAUACCGGAGAUGGACCUUAUAAAUGUAAGGAAUGUGAACAAGCAUUCAUUUCUCCCAGUGCGUUUCAAAGACAUCAAAGGAGCCACACUGGAGAGAAACCAUAUGAAUGUAAAGAAUGUAGUAAAGCAUUCAGUCGUACCAGUUUUCUUCGAAAACAUGAAAGAACUCAUACAGGAGAGAAACCUUAUGGAUGUAAAAUAUGCAAUAAAGCAUUCACUUCUUCCAGUUCUCUUCGAGUCCAUGAAAGAAUUCAUACUGGAGAGAAACCCUAUGAAUGUAAGGAAUGUGGGAAAGCCUUUAUAGCUCCCUCAAGCCUUCGAUCACACAUGAUCUCUCACACUGGAGAUGGACCUUAUAAAUGUAAGGCAUGUGAGAAGGCAUUCAUUUCUCCCAGUUCAUGUAAAAGACAUGAAAGAAACCACACUAGAGACAAACCCUAUGAUUGUGAAGAAUCUAUGAAAGUCUUCAGUUCUCCUCAAAGUUUCCAAAUAUAUAAAUGAAAUCAUACUGGAGAGUACAUGUAUGAAUGUAAAAAAUGUAGUAAAGCGUUCAGUUUUUCCAGUUCUCUUCAAAGACAUGAAAGAACUCAUACUGAAGAGAAAUCCUGAAAUGUCAGGAAGGUGGGAAAGACUUUAUUUCUCAUGCAAAUUUUCAAGGAUAUGUGAAAAGCCACAUUAGAAGGAAAGCCAUAUAAAUGUAAAGAAUGCGGGAAAGUCUUUUGUCAUCCCAGUUCUUUCUGAAGGCAUGAAAGGACUCACUUGAUAAAACCUCUUUAAUGUAAACAGUGUAGGAAAAGCUUCAAUAGGCCUACAUUCUUAUAUGUCAAACUCCCACCAAAAAUAAAUAUAAAUGGAAGUCAUGAGAAACCUUGAUGGAAAUUAAUUUGUGUACAAUGUUCUAGAAAACUUUGAACAUGAAAGAGUCAUUAUAAAAGUUGUAAAUAUAUUGUUUACCAAGCCUCUUUCUUAAAGUGUAACAUUGGAUUGUGAAUUUGUAUUAAUUACUUUCAGAAAUGAAUAUUGAAGUGAGAUAUUUCUGAAAGUAAUCCUUUAUCAAUGGUACAGAAGCAUAAUAGGUAGUUCCUUUCUCUUAAAUCAAUUAAUAUUUUCUCUUUACUUUUUAUAAUGUUUUAAUUGUUCUAUGUUAAGGGGCCAUUGGAAAAUGACAGUGUGUAGUUUUUGGGAUUUUCUUACUGCCUUGUAUUGCAGUUCCUGGAUGUCCCUAAUCCUGUGUAUAUAUUGUUCCUUUCUUAGAGAAAGCUCCUUUUUUGGGGAGGUGGGGGGUGGGUAUAGGACCCUUUUUUAAUUUUCCAUUCUAUUAAACAGUUGGAAUAAAUUUUUAUGGAUAGCAAGUUUAUCAAAGAGUAUACUUUCCAGUGAAUUCUUAUUUUCCUAUUUGAGCCUUUGCUCUUUGUCCUUGCUUCUGGCUGGUAUUUGGUGAAUAGACCUUGAAUUAAGUAGAGGCCUGUGAGAGGGCAACAAAUGCUAGAGCUGGACAUAUCACCCUUGUGUUGUGUUAUGUAAAUGGGAGUAAUAUUAAGAACUAGAUCUUUAAGAACCCAUCCCCUUUAUGAUUCCAUGUUAGAAUUCACCAAUAGCCUCACUUUCAUAACAUUUGGAAGGCAGAGGCAGAUAAGGCAUUAAUCAGAUUUUGGAGCCACCAUACAGGGAGAAAUACAGUUGCAUAGGAGCUUCAAGGAAACCAUCUUCCAGCCCAUUCUCUGGAUUCCUUGCCCUUUUAGUCAAGAGGACCUUGGAAACCACCACCAAUUGUUUGAUUUCCAUUUUCUUAGAGGUGUAUUUUCCACUGAUGUUUUCACAAGUUUCACAUCAAAGAUCCAUUAGAGUUAGGAUUUUUCUGUAAGGCCUCUUGUGUCCACUAGGAAACUAAUUCAGACUUUCUUCCCCUCUUCUCUAGAUGAUAAUUGAAUAAGGUCUAAUGUGUAUAGGAAACAACUUACGCUGUUAAUAGUGCUAGUGAGCCUGUUUCCCUGAUUCAAUAUGACAUCUACAAUGGGGCAUAAAAAGAAGAACUUGGGAGUUUGUUUCUCUGCUGCAUUGUGCAGUGGCUGCCUUGACCCAGUUCUUCCAUGGGAGAACAAUCACCUUGCUCAUGUCAGGAAGACUGUUUCCUGUUACUUGUAGCUGAACAUAGUCCCUCAAUAUGUUUUCAAUAAUGUUUGUAUGUCAUUAAAACUAGGUACAUUUCUUUGUGAAAUGAAUGCUUCUGUAGUUGUUUCAUUGAUGUACUGUGUCAACUGUUCUAAUCUAUUGUGUGCUAAUAAAUAUAAUUGGUUUCAU